GAAUUUGUUCGUCUGGACUACUUUGAUAUUGUACGGUGCACGGUGAUUGACCCCAUGCACAAUUUACUACUUGGUGUUGCCAAGACACAAUGGUAUUCAGUGUGGAUCAAGGGAAAGGUUCUCCGUGCAGACACCAGCAAGCAGGAGCGCGAGCUCCAUUUUAUUCAUCAAAUUUUGGAGACAUUUGAGUGCCCAUCCUGGACUGGUCAUCUACCAUUGCGCGUGGGCGAGCCUGCUGGUGGAUCACUCACUGCAGAUGAGUAUAAAUUUGCAGUCACAGCACCUUGGGCCAUUAUU